AUGGAGCCAUGCAACGAAGAGUCUGAAGAGAGCGUCGAUUCCACAAAAGAAGUUAGUAUGAAGAACUCACGCGCAUUUGAUUGUUGCAUUUGUCUUCAACUCUUGACCAUUCCCGUUUUUCAGAAGUUGCCAUGUCCCAAUGAAAAAUACGGUUGCAGGGAGACAAUUCGUUACAGUGGAAAGAGGAAGCAUGGAGAAGAAUGCAUCUAUGUGCCAUGUUACUGUCCCCUUUCAGGUUGUGAUUUGGUUGCCUCAAUAGAAGUGUUGUCGAACCAUUUCAACCAUGAACACUCUGAUUCUUUAAUCGAAUUUUCUUAUGGUCACCCCUUCAUUGUCUUCUUGAAGUCUAGUGACGUAACCGUGGUUCUCCAAGAGGAAAAUGAUGGCAGACUAUACACUCUCAAUAAUAGUACUAUCACGAGUAUAGGAAAUGCAGUCAAUAUUAGCUGCAUUGAUCCUAACUCUUCUUCUGAUGCUGGAUAUAGUUAUGAUAUAUCGGCUAAGUCUAAGUUUGGCAUGCUGAAGUUACAUUCUUUUCCUAAGAAUGUCCAACAGGCUACUUUAGCAACUCAAUCAUCAGCGUUCCUUCUGAUUCCAUUGGUACACAAGCAAUGUCUGUACUUUCAGAAUCAGCAACUAGAUGAUGACCACCAGUCCCUGGCCAAAUACAACAUCCAAAUGAUGGCAAUUCUUCAUCUCACCCUCCGUCUCCCUUAG